AUGCUGUCACCUUUCGUCUUCUCCCUCUUCUGCGCGACGUCGCUGGUGGCGGCGGCGAGUCAGAAAUGCUACAGCCUUACCGGCUCAGAGCUCGACGACUCUUUCGCACCAUGUAACUCAACCGCUAAACACAGCGGCUGUUGCGCUACCAAUCGGCCUGCUGGCUCUGCCGAUAUUUGUUUAGACAGCGGCUUGUGUAUGGCAACCAAGAAUGAGUAUGUGGGCACGAUAUGGCAACCUGGAUGUACGGAUUCAACCGGGAAGGCCACUGAAUGUCCACAACUCUGCCCUGGUGCGAACGAUCAAUUCGAUGGUCUAAACACAGUAUCUGCAUGGAACAUACAAACGUGCGACUUCGGUACCUAUUGCUGUCGCGCAAUCAACGAUCGGCGAAACUGUUGUAGUAACUCGACCGCUCCAAGAAUCACAACAGGUGCAAUUGGUGCUCUCCAGCUCCAAACUGCUACUACCGCGUCAUCAUCGACUUCGAUUGUAGCUUCCUCGACAGCCACUGCUACAAGCUCUCCAUCAGAUCUCAGGGAGACGCUUAAGUCAAACGAGGAUAUUUGCAAGACCGAGAAGCAUAAGACAGUUGUUGUGAGCAGCGCUCUUGGAGGUAUACUCGGUGCGGCAAUUGCGGUUUUGAUAGGUGUUGUCUUCUGGAUGUCUAAACGGGAGCAGCGACAACGCAGAUUGAAAGAACACUACGAAGAGCAGUUCUCGCAGACGUGGGCUUAUCGAAAGGCAAUGGCGGCCAGCACGACCUCGAUGAAGAUAAGCGUUCAUGAAGAGUUCAUCGGACAGUCCAGUGGAAGCUGA